CAAAAAAAUAGUACCCUACAUCCCAACCUUCGAUACCCUCUGUCUCUCUCACGCUUCACUUAACUUCCCUUCUCUCUGGCAUCAAAGCGAACCAGAGACUCUCGCGCUCUCUCUUCUCUCUGCGACUUUUCCUCUUCAAUUUCGAUCUCAAAUCUGGUAUCUUGCCUCAAAUCUCAAUUUGAACAGUUUUGUUUCUUCUUUUGGUGGUUUGUGUUUUCAUGAUUUCGUUCCCCUGUUUGUUUCACGAGAAAACCGAGGAAAAAGCAUGACCCAAAGAAAUUCUAGUCUUGCUUGUUAUCAUUCGUCAUGUUUGUUUAUUAACCAUUUUUACUUUGGUAUCCGAAUUAAAUGAAAUAGGAUGAAAGUUUUAAGCUUUCCGUUUCCUUUGUUUUCCGAUCAUUUCUUAGCAACCAAACAUCAUGUUUUGUAAUCCAAGACUCCGAAAAUUAAACCUUUGUGAAUUCUGUUAUUCCAGAAGGUAACUAAGAGAAAAAGACUUGCUGAAGCUGCCUAGCUAAGGAAGUUGUCAUCAAGUUAAGAUUAAGAUAUGGAACUGAACACCACAAAAGAUGCAUUUGACCAUGUUGCUAAGAGGCAGAAAUUAUCUUCCUCUAAAUCCCAAGAAGUAGUUGAUCGAGUUGGCCAUGAAAUUGAGCAGGCAUUGGCAAAAAUCCAGGCCUCUAAUGAUCCCCUGUCCCCUAUUGAUCUGAAAUCCAUUCUUACUGAGCUAAAACUCAAGCUCAAUACUAUUGGUCCACUCCACCAGUUAGAAGGACUGCAGAAGGAACGUAACAUAAAUCUCAGCAAGUACCCCAAACUUCUUGAAAAGUCAUUCAAUCCUGACAUAUCCAAGGCAUAUAGAAAUGUUGAUUUUGACUUCCACAUAGUGAAUCAGAUAAUUGCAAGUCACUUUUACCGGCAAGGCUUGUUUGACCUUGGAGAUUGCCUGAUAAAAGAAGCUGGAGAACCUGAGGCGAUUGCAAUUAGAUCUCAUUUCUUAGAAAUGUAUCAAAUACUUGAAGCUUUGAAGGUUAAAAACCUUGAGCCUGCUCUGAACUGGAUCACUGCCAAUCGCGAAAAGCUCAAGCAAAAUGGUUCAACUCUUGAGCUGAAACUUCACAGGCUUCAAUUUCUGGAGAUUAUCCAGAACGGAACUAAAGCUGAUGCACUUAGUUAUGCCAGAACUUACCUUUCUCCUUUUGCUUCCCUGCACAUGAAUGAGUUUCAGAGGCUUGUGGUUUGCAUCAUAUGGGUAGGAAAGCUUGACAGCUGCCCACAUGCUGAGUUAAUGGCUCCAGCUCAUUGGGAGGAAUUUACUGUGGAGCUCACCCAACAUUUUUGCCGUCUUGUGGGACAGUCCUCUCCGAGCCCACUGAGUGUGGCCAUAACAGCUGGUAUUGAAGGGUUGCCUACACUUUUGAAGCUGGCUAAUGUAAUGGCUGUAAAGAAGCAGGAGUGGCUAGCAAUAAAACAAUUGCCAGUGCCAGUGGAAUUGGGGAAGGAAUUUCAGUUUCACUCAAUAUUUGUAUGUCCUGUUAGUAGAGAUCAAGGCAGUGAAGAGAAUCCACCAAUGCUGAUGCCUUGUCUGCAUGUCCUAUGCAAGCAAUCGAUCAUGAAGCUGUCGAAAAGCAGCUCUCGGACAUUCAAAUGUCCUUACUGUCCAACAGAGGCUUCAGCUGCACAGUGCAGGCAACUGUAUUUCUGAUGAAUAUCAUGAUUGUAGAGCAAGUUUUUAGGCUCCUCCUCUUGUGGUCCUUAAAUUUGUGCUUUGUUUUAAGCAUUUUUAUUUAAAGAAGAUUGUAUAUAGAAAUUCUUUGUACAUUCACAGUUUAUUUUUACAAGGUUUAUCAUU